AUGGUAUUGCCAACUGUAUACCGUGCUACUAGUGCUUCCUCUAAGACUGCAUUAAAGGCCAUUAGUGCUCGUUGUUUUAGUUCUUUAACUAAUUCUUCUAGAAUGGUCCCAAUUAGAAAUCUGUGCGUUUUUAACUUGGCUCAAAAGAAGAAGAGAUUUGCUAUCGACACUACCCUAAAGAGAGGGUUGGCUACUCAAUCCAACGCUAGUGCCUCCUCCUCCUCUUCUUCUUCUGCCGCAACUAACGCCCCUAUUGCUUCUGGUAAGAUUAAGGCUGUUAUCGGUGCUAUCGUCGAUGUUCAAUUCGAUCAAGCUAAUCUACCUGCUAUUCUAAACGCUUUGGAAGUAAGAAACCCAACCGGUGGUAAAUUGGUUCUAGAAGUUGCUCAACACUUGGGUGAAAACACAGUUAGAACUAUUGCCAUGGAUGGUACUGAAGGUUUGGUCCGUGGUGAAGAAGUCAUAGAUACUGGUGCCCCAAUCUCUGUUCCUGUAGGUAGAGAAACCUUGGGUAGAAUCAUCAAUGUUAUUGGUGAACCAAUCGACGAAAGAGGUCCAAUCAACUCUAAAUUGAGAAAACCAAUCCACACCGAUCCACCAACCUUUGCCGAACAAUCGACUACUGCAGAAAUCCUGGAAACUGGUAUUAAAGUCGUCGACCUUCUAGCUCCUUAUGCAAGAGGUGGUAAGAUCGGUCUAUUUGGUGGUGCAGGUGUCGGUAAGACCGUUUUCAUCCAAGAGUUGAUCAACAACAUCGCUAAGGCACAUGGUGGUUUCUCCGUUUUCACCGGUGUCGGUGAGAGAACCAGAGAAGGUAACGAUUUAUACCGUGAAAUGAAGGAAACUGGUGUUAUCAAUCUGGAAGGUGAAUCAAAAGUCGCUUUGGUCUUCGGUCAAAUGAACGAACCACCAGGAGCUAGAGCCAGAGUCGCCUUGACUGGUUUGACCAUUGCUGAAUAUUUUAGAGAUGAAGAAGGUCAAGAUGUCUUGCUUUUCAUUGACAACAUUUUCAGAUUCACACAAGCUGGUUCGGAAGUCUCUGCUUUGCUAGGUCGUAUCCCAUCUGCCGUCGGUUAUCAACCAACUUUGGCCACUGAUAUGGGUCUUUUACAAGAAAGAAUUACUACUACUAAAAAAGGGUCCGUCACCUCUGUUCAAGCCGUCUAUGUCCCUGCAGAUGAUUUAACUGAUCCUGCUCCAGCCACCACAUUCGCCCACUUAGAUGCUACCACGGUUUUAUCAAGAAGUAUCUCCGAAUUGGGUAUCUAUCCUGCUGUUGACCCAUUAGAUUCCAAAUCUAGAUUAUUAGAUGCUGCUGUUGUCGGACAAGAGCAUUAUGAUGUUGCUACAAAGGUUCAAGAAACUUUACAAACUUACAAAUCUUUACAAGAUAUCAUUGCCAUUUUAGGUAUGGAUGAAUUAUCAGAACAAGAUAAAUUAACCGUCGAAAGAGCCAGAAAGAUACAAAGAUUCUUGUCUCAACCAUUUGCUGUCGCUGAAGUCUUCACCGGUAUUCCAGGUAAACUGGUCAGAUUAAAGGAUACAAUUGCUUCCUUCAAGGCUGUUUUGGAAGGGAAAUAUGAUGACAUCCCAGAGAACGCUUUCUAUAUGGUCGGUGGUAUCGAAGAUGUUGUUGCUAAAGCAGAAAAAUUAGCUGCUGAAGCUAAAUAA